UCCAGUGUGUAUCAACUGAUAGAGGCCCGGGGAAGGUGGACCUGAGAGAUACCGGCCAGUAGGCAGGGCCAGGGAAUAAUAUUUAGCCUUCCUGGCUGAGCUAAAUGACACUCCCAACAUGCAGGAUACUGUAACCGGUGAGGCAUCAACAUCAGACUCUCUUCAUGUGUCACCUGCUCCCCUGAUACCUUCAACUGAACACUACCAAAGAGAGCAUCUAAUGUCAUUGCCACCAUCAGGUAUUCCUGUCACACCAUUUGACAUGUCCCUCAGUGACCCGUCUGUCACUCCUGAAGCCCCCGUCCUCACAGCACAGAAUGUCACAGAACUGAGAAGAAUUGAACACCCUUUUUCCGAGCCAGUGACAAUAGCCAUUGUUUUGGGGGUGAUCGCUGGCAUCGUUGGAAUUAUCCUUCUCUUUUAUUACUUAAUCAGCCUAGUAACCAAGAAAAGUUCAGUUGACAUACACCCUCCCAAGAGUGAAGACACAGACGUGCCUCUAAGUUCUAUUGAACAGAGCAUUGUUCAAGAAGAGCCUGCCGAUGUUUGAAAGACCUCAAAGACAAGACAAGACUUCAGUCAAUGGAAAAAGUAAUACAAGAAUCAGACAUCUCAGUAAAUUAUGUACCUUCCUGAGCUGUACUGUUAUAAGAGAAAAUGUCACCAU